AUGACUGCAAUUAUGGAUUUCCGUUGGAAUGCCAACACAUUCGAUGCAGUGUACCAGUGCACUUGCAAGUGCAUUGUGCAUGCACAUGUCCUGAUUAGUGGGCACAUCUUCGUGCAUGUUCCUCUUCCGUACACGCACCCGGUUGUGAAUGUGACGUGGAAUACGCAAACGACUUGCAAGGUGCAGAUUGUAUGCGGCUGUGGACUUGUAGCUAAGUUCGAGAUUGUGGACAACGAUGGUUCAGUGACAUUCUUCCCGGUCCAAGUCAACCAAUUCUCUUUGAUUGGCCGGGCCCUCAUUCCUCGCCGACAAAACCUCCGCGCCAUUGUCGCCUUAUUGCCUUGUAACUGGGGCCUUACGGGGGUCAUUUCUGGCCGGGUCAUCGAACAGUGGCGGUUUCAAUUCGUGUUCCCCUCGGAGCAUCUGAUGCAGUCCGUAUUGAAUCGAGGACCCUGGGCCUAUGGUGAACGAAUGCUCGUGCUUCAACGAUGGAAGCCGGAUUUGGAUGACUCGGAUCUGAAUAUCAUUCUAUUUUGGGUUCAGAUCAGAGGAAUCCCAAUCCAAUUCUUGACAAGAAAUGUGAUCUAUCACAUCGGUGACUUCUUGGGUUAUGUGGACACAAUCAAUAUCAUCCCAGAAGCAUCGGCAGCGGUCCAAUUCGUGAGAGCGAAAAUCUUGUGGAAGGUGACGAAUCCACUGCGCUUACAGAAGAACUAUCAGUUUACACAUGGUGUAAACACGGUCCUCAAGUUCAAGUAUGAACAGUUGAGGGGAUUCUGCGAGGGAUGUGGAAUGCUUACACACGACACUGGCGAAUGCAUCCCGAAUGAUGAUGCCCACUCACCAGGCAACAAUGACAAUGACGACGCUGAUGAUGACGAUGGCAACCAGAUGGAGGAGGAACAUGUUCACAUACCGGAUCCAAUGAUCCAACAACCAAACCAGCCAAACCCGGCGGGUGCAGGAGUUAUCAAUGGAGAUAUUCUGGAGGAUUACAAUGGUGUAGGGGAGUUUUCAUCUGCAGAUGAUAGUUCCCCAAUCCCAUUCACAGAAGAGAUGGCACGCCCAAUCCCAGAAAAAAUUGAGGAUCAGGUGCAGAGGAAGAGAUGCUUUGUGGAUGCGUUAGUGGAGGAUAUGUUCAGGGAAUCGCAGAGCCUCCAAAUUCUGUAUGGUAGUUUUAUGGGUUACAAUGUCUUAGCAGAGAUAAAUUCGGAGCCAGAACCAACGAUGAAGAAAGCUAGGUUGAGUGGAGAAGCGUCAGAAUCAGCUGAGAUUGGUCAGGAACAAGACUCAUUGGGAAAACUACAAGCGGAUUACAUGGGAUCAGGAACCCCAUUCCCAAGCCUGAAUUCAAUAGACAGAGGCGCGGUGGGCCCGGUAACACCACUUGUUCCAUGA